UCAGAGAGCGACACACCGCUACUCACGCUGCCUCGGCACACCGCUCUCAUUCAACGGUGGCGAGAAGGAGCAGUGCUGAGCGCAUUUGGUGUUGACGCGCGUCGGGGAAUCUCCCCCCUUUGACAAUGGAUACCUGCAGGGUACGAGCCUUGGUGGUUCUGGUCCUGUUAUGGCAGGACGGGUCUUGGGCAUCGCAGUUUCCGACACAGCUCAUGAUCAAAGAGUGGGUGGAUCAGAUGCAGAGGGAGCUGGUCAACCUGGCGGACACGGCCAGCGCUGGGAAGAGUCUCACGCAGAUUUUUCUGGAAAACCACCUGUACAGCGUGGAGCCAAAUGAUGCAGAGGAGCUGGUUGCCAGAGCAGCGAGGAACAUCGAACAGCUGCUGCGGAAGAGGUCUGCCGCCCUGAAGAAACUGGCCACAGCUGCUGAGAAGUUCCAGAUGGAGCAUCAGUGGAAAGACGAGUUUGAGGAUGACGACAUCGCCUACUACAACGCAAAGGACAAUCUGGAAGCAAAUGAGACAGAUGGGAAAAAGUACAGGAUCCGACCAGACUUUAAAGAGGACCCGUUAUUUAGACGGCUGACUGAUCACAACCACACAGCUGUCCACAUACCCACCGACAUCUAUGAUGGCUCCACCAUUGUGCUGAACGAGCUGAACUGGACAGAGGCGUUGGAGGAUGUGUUUAAGAAGAACAGAGAAGACGACCCCACCCUUCUCUGGCAGGUGUUCGGCAGUGCCACAGGGUUGGCUCGCUACUACCCAGCCUCACCGUGGAUGGAUCCUCGCAAGACCCCUGGUAAAAUUGACCUGUAUGACGUACGCAGGAGACCAUGGUACAUCCAGGGAGCUGCCUCACCCAAAGAUAUGCUAAUCCUCGUGGAUGCGAGUGGGAGUGUGUCUGGCCUGACUCUCAAACUGAUCAGGACCUCUGUCAGCGAGAUGCUGGAGACUCUGUCUGACGACGACUAUGUCAACGUCGUUUAUUUCAACACCAGGGUGAAAAAGACGGCGUGCUUCGACCAUCUGGUUCAAGCCAACGUGAGGAACAAGAAGCUUCUGAAGGAUGCUGUCCAGAACAUCACCGCCAAAGGAAUCACAAACUACACAAAAGGCUUUGAGUUUGCUUUUGAGCAGCUCUCUGUAACAAAUGUGAGUAGAGCCAACUGCAACAAGAUUAUCAUGCUGUUUACUGAUGGAGGAGAGGAGAGAGCUCAGGCCAUACUGGAGAAAUACAACGCUGACAAGAAGGUGAGAAUCUUCACUUUCUCUGUUGGACAGCACAACUAUGACAAAGGACCCAUCCAGUGGAUGGCUUGCUCCAACAAAGGUUACUUCUAUGAGAUUCCUUCCAUUGGAGCCAUAAGAAUAAAUACACAGGAGUACCUGGACGUUCUCGGAAGGCCCAUGGUUUUGGCAGACAAGCAGGCUAAACAAGUCCAGUGGACUAAUGUCUACCUCGAUGCUCUGGAACUGGGUCUGGUCAUCACUGGAACAUUGCCUGUCUUCAAUAAGACCGAGACGAGAGAUGACAAAAAUGGAGAGCACCAGAAUCAGCUGAUUCUUGGGGUAAUGGGGAUCGAUGUGUCUCUGAAUGAUAUCAAGAAGCUCACACCACGCUUCACAAUUGGCCCUAAUGGAUACUACUUUGCCAUUGAUCCCAAUGGUUAUGUGCUACUCCACCCCAAUCUCCAGCCAAAGAACCCUAAAUUCCAGGAACCUGUUACCCUAGACUUCCUGGAUGCUGAGCUGGAGAAUGACAUCAAAGUGGAGAUUAGAAGAAUGAUGAUAGAUGGUGAGACCGGUGAACGGACGAUUCAGACACUGGUGAAGACUCAGGAUGAGAGGUACAUAGAUAGAGGAGUCAGGACCUACACCUGGGCACCAGUCAAUGGAACAGAUUACAGCCUGGCCCUUGUUCUGCCAAAAUACAGUGAACACUUCAUUCAAGCUAAACUGUCGGAAAUCAAACAAGCUAUGUCUUCUCCUUGGGUACAAGAAGCCAUGGAAACUAUCCAGCUGGAGAAUUUUGAUGAGUUUGGCCACACCUUCAUCGCUCCCAGGGAGUACUGCAAAGAUCUGAAGUUAUCACAAAACAACACCGAGUUCCUCCUUGACUUCAACGAGUACAUUGACAGGAACACUCCAAAUGCAUGCAAUGUGUCCCUGGUGAAUAGGCUGAUCCUGGAUGCCUGGCUGACAGCUGAGCUGGUGAAACUUUGGAGGGAGCAGCCAGUGGAAGGGAUAGCGGCCAGGUUUGUAGCCACAGAUGGAGGGAUUACAAGAGUUUAUCCGAGAAGCGCUGGGGAAGAGUGGACUGAGAAUCCUGAGACAUACGAGUCCAGCUUCUACAAGAGGACCCUAGACAAUGAAAUUUAUAUUUUCACCGCUCCACAUUUCAAUAAGAGCAGGGAGCCUGGCUCUGAGCUAGGUAUCGUGGUAAGCAAGGCUGUGGAUCUCAGCAUCAAUGAAGUUAAGCUGAAACCAGCAGUGGUUGGAGUGAAACUCAACGUCACAUCCUGGAUGAACACCUUCAUCAAUGCAACAUUAAAACUGAAUUGUAAGGAGGAGAUCUGUGGGUGUCUGAGGAAUGAUAAGCAUGUUGACUGUGUGAUCCUCGAUGAUGGGGGUUUCCUUCUCAUGUCCAAUCAGGAUGAGUACAUUACCCAGAUAGGUCAGUUCUUUGGUGAGGUGGACCCCGUGGUGAUGACCAAUCUGGUCAACAGCUCUCUGUACUCCUUCAACAAGACCUAUGACUACCAGUCAGUCUGUGACCCUGAGAAAGACAGCAAGGCUGCAGCAGGACCGCGCUCUGUCUAUGUGCCUACCAUAGCAGACUUGUUGAGUAUUGGCUGGUGGGCCUCCAGCGCUGCCUGGUCGAUACUCCAGCAGCUCUUCUUCAGUCUCAUGUUCCCCAACCUUCUAGAGGCAGUGGACUCAGGGGAAGAAGAGAUACCAGAUACCAUGUUUAAGGAGAGCUGCAUCACAGAGCAGACUCAGUACUUCUUUGACAAUGAGGACACUUCCUAUGCAGGUUUAAUGGACUGUGGGAACUGCUCCAGGAUGUAUCGUGCUGAGAAGCUGCCCAACACCAACCUUGUGUUCCUGAUCGCUGAUGCCAAGGCGACAUGUUUGUCAUGUGACACCAGACCGCUGCGACAGGCUGAACAACCCUCUGAGGGACCAGAUCCAUGCGAGCUGGCUCAGAACCCCAGAUACAGGAAAGGACCGGAUGUGUGUUUUGACAACGAUGAAAACGAGGAUGAUUCUGACUGUGGAGGCGGGACCUGCUUAAGCCCCACCCUUUGCCCAAUGCUUGGACUCCAACUGCUGCUACUAUGGCUCAUCACAUCAUUGCAACACUCAUGACCUUUACAUACACCCACACUCACACACACACACACAUACUAAUCAUCAUCUCGUUUCACAACCACCGACCCAGAGAGCACACCACACUAUCAUCCUUUUCAGGAUGUAUGCAGAACAUUUGCUGCAAGACAGUUUUUUUUUUUUCUUUCCUGACAGACAACCACAUCAGCAACUCUUUCAAUGUCAUCACUGAUUUGUUAAUUCACUGCCAGUAUGUAAGAGGAGCUUUUCUCCCAUUCUCCAAUGCCAAAGGGUGCUCAUUCAUCUCUUCUUUGUCAGUUUCAAGGAUUGAAAAGCAUCUACUGGGCUCAACUGCACUCGAUUCCAUGGUAUAUUACUUUAUACUAUCCUAUGGUGCAAGAGUAAGAGCUAACCAAACCCUUUAAUUCUGCCUCAUCUGUUUUUCAGUGAUUUAUUUGCCCUUAGUCAAGGGGAAGAUGAAAAGUUGUCCCACUAUGCCAACUGAAUAUUAUUCAAAGACUGUAUGUUCACUGACAGCAAUGAUUUGUGUAGUUGUCGAUAUUGUUUGUUGCUUAUGAUAUAUGUUGCAUAUGAAACAGUAUGCUGUAUUCAUUGUUCAUAUAGGCAGUCGAUGCCCCUAUGGAAAAAAUCCAUUUUGUUUGAGUGUUUUUUAUGUAUCUACCUAUUUAUCUAUUUCAUUUUUGUACUCGAAAUCAACUAGCAUUUAGUGACUAGGUAGGUGUUGUAGUGUAGCAGCAUGUGCUCGGUACAGAGCUGAAGACAACACCGGUACUCUGACACCAAAGCUCUAGACAGUACCAAGGACCAUACAACUACACAUACCUACAGCAAAUAUUCUACAGGCUAGGCUGUAUCAUGAAAAUCCUUAGAUGUGGGUGUGCAUCAACAGGCCAGGCUCAGUAUUAGCCUUUAUUCAGAGACUAAUGGGUACCACUUUACAAUAAGGCCAGCCUUACAAAGGGUUUAUGAAUGGUUGAUAAUUAGUGUAGUAAUUUGGUUGUAAACACUUUAUAAUCAAGUUAUAACACAGUUUUAUACAUCAGUACAGGCUCACUAUUUGGCAAGAUCAAGUUACUGCUGCACUGCAUCUAUUUUGUUGUGUCUCAGCUCUUGCUAGUUGCAUAACUCACUUCAUCCUGUCCCUUUAUCAGCCAGCCAUCCUUGGUGUCUGCAUCAGUGUCUGAAAACUGUGCUAUAUCUUGUUUAUAAUUAUUUAUUAAUUCUUUAUAAAGUGUUUACAAUCUUAUUGUAAACCAUUAAUAAAUCCUUUAUAAGGAUAGCCUUACUGUAAAGUGGUACUAAAUAUUGCUAUAAUAGACUGGAUAUGGGAAACAUUGUCUGGCUCAUGUAUUUAAGGUGGUCUAAGUUACCUCACUGAGAAUUGUUGUGUUGAUUAAAGCAAGAAAGCACCAGUAUGAACUGAUGUAGAUCAGAACCUGUUAGAAUAGCACAACUCCAAACAUGUUUGUACUUGGUCUGACAGCUUUGGUUGUCCUUGAUUUGAUGCAUCAAAUUCCCAGUGCCUACGUAGCUUGAAUAGUCUGUCUGGUAUUUGAAUGAAACACCAGUGCAUCACAGUUGUACUCUCAUGUAUGCUUCUACAAUGGUGUUCGGUACAAUAGCAGAAAGAGUAGCCCUUACAGUAAUAUCUUAAGUUGUCAAAGCUGUGGGCCAAAAUAGCAGUUAAGCAAAUGUUUCUGCCCAGACAACAAUAGAGACAUUCAUCAAUUUUGAUUGCGGAACUGGAAUUUAAAACCUGGACCAGACGUGAGCUUGUGUCCCAACACUUCUCUUUAAUUAGUUGUCCUGCUUCUGUUCCCUUUCUGGAUCACCAGACUCAGGAGCCCAGAUGACUUGUGAAUGAGAUCAGCAUAUCAAAACGACUGUUUCUUUGUUUUAUUCUCCUCCUUUUGCUUGUUUCUUCCUGUGUUGCUCCAUAAGUGCUGUGAAGCAGGCACUGAAGGCUCAGUGUCGAAAUGCUGCAAUGUAUUGGGAUGAGCUUGUUUUGUGUUUGAACGCUGCCUAUGCCCCUGGUCAACAUCAGGACCUGCUGGAGAGGACUUUGAUACCAUUGCAACUUUGCAUAGCCUUAGCUUUCCCAUAGGUCAUACAGGUCACACAGUGCAUAACGCCACAGUUUGUCUUUUUUCAAAUGACAGGUCAGUCCUCUCCACCAUGUCCUCAUGGUGACCUGUUGGUGCUGAGUGUUCAGGUUAUGCCUGUCUAUCAGAGUUGUGUGUUAACUUGUGUUUUACCCCGAGGGUCCCGUGUCUAUGUGCAGGCAUGUGCGUGUCCCUCUGAUAUCUGAUUGUGCUUUAAUACAUGAAUUACUCUUUUGUGGAAUUUGACAAGCCUGAAUAAAUUUUGUAUACAUUUGUACACUAAUACUAUUUACUGUAUAAAAGAGAAAAAGAAAGAAGAGAAAUAAUGUUUAUAAUAUGGUGUUGAUUAUUGUGCAAAUAUAAUAUAUUCACAAUAAAAGUGUUGUAUUGUUAUGA